UCAAAAAAAAAAAAAAAUGAGACAUGAUGAAUUAGCAAUGUCAAGUGAAAUGACAAUAUCAUUAUCAGCUUCUAAAUUAGAAUCUCGGUCAAAUGUAUUUGAUUAUCAUGAUACUAAUUCAACUACAUUCAUAGGAGAAGGAACAAUAGACGAUUAUCAAAUAAAUAACAUAUUAUCUUCUUGUUCACCCUCAUUAGUAUCACCUUCUUCUUCUAUAAAUAAUAGUUUAUUCGAGAUAUGUCGUUGUUGUGGUAAACAAGAUUGUGAAAGUCUAGAUUAUUUCAAUCGUGUUGUAAAAAAACUUGAAACUGAUACUCGAUUGGCUGCAGAGCUUGGACAAGGUCUACUUAAUCAACAUGAAAUGUAUAUAAAUGAGUCUAAUCAACAAAAGGCCCACUUAAAAGAACAAUUAAAAGAAUGUCAUGAAAAAAUACAAAGACUUGAACUAAUAUCAGAUGAAGUAGAAAAUGAAAAAGAGACAAUUUUAAAAGAAAAGAAUAAAUGGCUUUGGGAAUAUCAAAAGGGUAAAAAGAUAUUAAAUGAAACAAUAGCUGAUUUGGAAAUGUCAAAUGAAAAAUGUAAUCAGCUUACAAAAGAACUUGAAUUAAAAAUGAAAGAAAUUGAAAAAUUAAGACUAUUUAAAUUUAUGGUAAAACAAUCAGAAUCAAGGGAAGAAUUACUAACAUCAAAGUUAAAAGAUACAAAUCAAGAAUUGACUAUUUGUAGAAAGAAUGAAGUUUUGUUAGAAUCUAAAAUCAAAAAAUUAAAAAUGAAGUAUGAAUCUUUACAUCUUUGCCAUGAACAAUUAAUAAAAGAAGUAGAAAAAAGUAUACCAACAACGAUCAACCAUCAUCGUGACAAUUAUAAACAGAAUACAGCUGUUAUAGAUGAUAUAAAUAAUAAGGUAUUCUUAUUUAUUUUUAUACUUGCUUGACAUAUCUCUUUAUUUUCACACGUGUUUGUAGAUAUCAAAUAAUACUAUAAAUGACCUCAUUCAUUUGAUUAAAGAACUUUCAUUCACAAAUACAAAAUUAAAAUCAGAUCUUUCAGAUUAUAAAAGUCAAUUAACAGAAGCAAAAGAAGAAAUCGUGAUUUUAACUCAUAAACUAGAAGAGCAUGACGAACGUUCAACAUCGUUUAAAGAAAAGAAGUCUAUCGUAUUAUUAUCAAAAGAUAUCAAACAUACCCUUCCUAAACGUUCGAAUACAAUACAUCUUUUCCCUUCUUCUUCAAACAAAACAAAGGAAAUAACAGCGACUGCUGCUACUACUACUACUAAUACUACUACUACUACUACUACU